UAAUCAAAUGCACUAACCACACUCCAUCACCCCCAUAUAUACCCCUUCUCCUCUCACACUAAUUAACACACUCAUCAAAAAACCCUUCUUUCUUUCAGGUUCAUUACUUGAUCAGUGUCAAAAGGGUAGUUGCAAAUUGCAAUGGCUAAGCAUGAUGUUGAGGGUGGUUCCUUCUCAGCAAAGGACUACCAUGAUCCUCCUCCAGCACCUUUGAUUGAUGCUGAGGAACUCACACAGUGGUCCUUCUACAGGGCUUUGAUUGCUGAAUUCAUUGCCACAUUACUUUUCCUUUACAUCACAGUGCUCACUGUGAUUGGUUACAAGAGCCAGAGUGAUGUCAAGGCCGGGGGUGAUGUGUGUGGUGGAGUUGGCAUUCUUGGCAUUGCUUGGGCCUUUGGUGGCAUGAUCUUCAUCCUUGUUUACUGCACUGCUGGAAUCUCCGGGGGUCACAUAAACCCAGCAGUGACAUUUGGGCUCUUCUUGGCUCGCAAGGUAUCUUUGAUUAGAGCCAUAAUGUACAUGGUGGCUCAAUGCUUGGGAGCCAUGUGUGGAGUUGGGUUGGUUAAGGCAUUCCAAAAGGCAUACUACAACAGGUAUGGUGGUGGAGCCAAUGAACUCAGUGAAGGGUACAGCACAGGUGUUGGAUUGGGUGCUGAGAUUAUUGGAACCUUCGUUUUGGUCUACACUGUCUUCUCUGCAACUGACCCAAAGAGGAAUGCUAGAGAUUCUCAUGUGCCGGUUCUGGCUCCACUUCCAAUUGGUUUUGCUGUGUUCAUGGUUCACUUGGCAACCAUCCCAGUCACUGGCACUGGUAUUAACCCUGCUAGGAGUUUUGGAGCCGCUGUGAUGUACAACCAAAAGAAGGCUUGGGAUGACCAAUGGAUCUUUUGGGUUGGACCGUUUAUUGGAGCAGCCAUUGCAGCCUUCUACCACCAAUUCAUCUUGAGAGCAAGUGCUGCUAAGGCUGUUGGAUCAUUCAGGAGCAACCCCACUAUUUGAGUCAAUUUCCUCUUCAUGGGAGGAUAGUGGAAAUGGAAAAAAAAUCAUGGGAAGUGUUUGUGCUUUGAUCCUCUUUAGAUUGAAGGUUCUUUAAGACAAUGAAGCCUUUAGUAAAUAGUAAAAACCCUUUAGUAUUUGCAAGCACUUUCCUAUGUAUUUCCUUGUUAGAAUUAAGCUUUUUCUUGAGAUAUUGGAAGUAAAAUCUAUUAGAUGUCUUGUUUUAAUAUUUUGUGAUGUGUAAUAAGUUCGACAUGUUGUUGGUGAACUAGUUUGGUAACCCAUAUUUUGAGGGAUGCUAGGCCAAUGUCACACUUUUUGCUUGUGAUAUUGUAUUUUCACCAAAAACAAGUCACUGUAUGUAUGUUUGGAAAAUUAAGAACGAAAAUACACUUUCAUUCCACCAUA